AUGCAGGAUUCACACAGCCUGGAACGUUUGCUUACUGCGCUAGAGGAGCGCGAGACCGGGCUUGGGCGAGACGAUGUCGAGUGGGCCUUCCAAUCUGCGAAGACGAAAGAUGAGAUCACGGCAUGGGUAGAUGAAUACCUCGAGCCAGCUACAUUGCUAAGCAAGGAUGAGCUGGAUUUUUACCGCAAGCUCUUCCCGCGGCACAGCUUGUCCAAAGUGUCAGAUGGGGCUCAGUCAGUUCGACCUAUCUAUGAUCACGAGAUCCAGACAGCUAUUGAAUCCUUGGAGAGCUCGACCGCAGCAAUCGAAAAGCAGUCUCGGGCUCUUGAGGUGCAGAAACAGGCUUUGCUUGCGCUCAAAGCACAAAACGAUGCACCGAUUGGAGCGGCAAGGCGUGCAACCGCGGACAGAAACCGAAAGCAUGUACAGGAGCUACAGAGUCUGGACAUUGCUGCUCAAGAGCUAUCAGAAGCGGCCACAGACCAGCUGGCCACCCUCCAACGUGAAGUGAAGUCUUCGAAGGCUUCGCUGCUUACAUCGAUCACUGAGCGUCUUACGGCCGAUGAUCGUCUGCUCACCGGUAUUGCGAAGCUAGCGCCGAAGCUUCAGCAGGCACCAGAAGAUUACGAUGGCCUGAAGUCCGUUGAGCAGCGGUGUCGUGCGCUUGUGGCUUUCCGCACAGCUGAGAUCAAGACACACGUGGACGCCUUGUAUAGGCAAAGUCUACACAGCUACUUUGGCGAGGAUGUUGUGCGAAGGUCCGUUGAAGAGUUCACGGCGGAAAGAGACGAACUCAAAGCCGAGCUAGAAACACUGCAUGCGGAGAUUGCUUCAGUCGCGGAGAUGGUGGUCGAACAUGAGCUGCGAGAGCCCAUCCUGCGGUCACUCAAGCGCUCCAAGGAAUCUCAACUGGCCGAGCAGGAAAAGUGGUCAGCAUAUGUUGUAUCUACCCUCGAAUACCUAGCGUUGAGGCUCGAUGUCAUGAGUGCACAGACCCAGGAACUCCACCCAGUGCACAAGGCUAUUGAGCAGAUCUCAACCGUGCUGGACGAAGAGCUUGCGAGUCUCUCGGCUGCCCGAACGGCGUCACCUACUAAAGCAGCGACCAAGGAGAAGCACCCACUACAUGCGGCGAAGCCGGCAUGGGGAUUGGAUAGAAAAUCCGCAUCACAGGAAGCAUUUCAGCGGCUCCUGCGACACCUUGAUAUCUCGGCUCCCAGUAACGACGUCGAACAAUUCCGCAAAGCGUUUGACUCGGCGCUGAUUGACAGGGAGACUCGGCUUCAGGAACAUCAGGAUUCAGUUGCCGCUUCUACUGCUCAGGCUACGGCUCAGGUCAUGCGGCGCGCUGAUGAGGAGCUGCAGGUCGUGUUGAGCUCGAUGUACUCUAGCUCGGAUUAUGCAACGGUCCAUCUGAGCAGUAAGCCCUUGGACGAGCGCCUGGCUGCAUUCGAACAUGCAAUCGGGGAGGUAGGUAAAGGUGUAGCGAAGGUCGAUGCUCCUUUGACGGUCGAGGAGGCUUGUCGAAGAGAGAACUUCAUUAAAAAGUGGAGUGGAUCAUGA